UGUGUACACUCACACGUGCGUUGUGAUAUAGAUGUUCAGCAUGAUGCCAACGGCUGAGUGUAUUACAAGAGAUACCCCACACGUGUGACGGGUCGGUUUCAGCUGAACUCUAACCUGGAUAUACCAGCUUACUGCGCAUGUCUGGAUUAUUUGACAGCGCGCCAAGAUAUACCCGAACGCAAGUUUACCUGUCAAAGCGGAGGAGGUUGGGGGUGAUGGCUGCCCUACCCCUAACGCUCGCCGUCCUCGUGCUUUCCUUCGUGCUUGGGGGUGCCUCCCUACCGAACUGUACCCUCAGAUGUAAGAUUGAAUCGGUCAAAAAAUAUUUGUAAAUUAAUACGGAUCAAUGACCGAAGUAUUUGUUGGUCAAAACUAUGACUAUUGUGGAGAGGUUCUUCGACGGUGCUUUAAUAUGUUGUCAAGCAUAAAACCUGCCGUGAGAGCAAAGGGAGGGUAUCCCCAGUUUAUGGUGAAGUAUGCAGAGGUCUGGCACUGAAGUCGAGACUGAGCGGUACCACGAUGCCAUUUCAUCUGGGGUUGACUGAAGAUCCCCAGAGGAAUAUGUUGAUCAUCAAGUGGAAGAAGAAGCUCCUAUCGCGGUCCGGAAAUGCGUUGUUAUACAUACCUUUGGCGGCGAAUGAUUCCGGAAUCUGUUUUAACAUCACAAUCAAUUCGAAAAGAUACAAACAUAAGAAUCUGAGGCUUCGCUGCACGGAUGCAGACAUUCUAGAUGUGACGAACAAGAGGUUCCUGCUGGUUGAUGAGGAUGCUAACCCAGUUGCAGUGAACAAGCCAAUGCCGGACGCCGAGUCAUUCUCUGAGCCUGAUAAGACCUGCGACUGUUGGUCUGUGGAGGACCCACACCAGAGGAUGCAGGACUGCUGGUCUCCGGGCUGGGUGCAACUGAAUCCCGUCGAGAACAAAUCCAUGGAGGUCGACGUUGUGUGGAAUCCAUGUAACACGUCCAGGGAAAUAAUUGUCAUGAUUGGACCGAAGGACUCGCACACAACCAGCGACGAGGCCACGAUCCCUACUUACAAGUUGCGGGACUGUCUUCACAGUCAAAAGUUUAUUAUCAAGGAGCCUGGAGAAUACGAAGCUUGGGUUGGUGCUUUAGGAUGCGAGUCCCCUGUGUACGUUAAGAGUGCAGCUCUUCUGAUGCCAUAUAAGCCCAAUACCGUUCCUGAGAAUGAGGUUUUCCGAGCGACUGUUCAGCCUGAUGAAGGUUCAAGUCCUCCCUCAAUCAAACUUGUGGUGGUUUUGGUUGGAGCAUUUGCGUUCAUUGGAAGUCUUUCCCUGGGCGUAGCAUGUUUUAUAAAACGUCCGCGCCUGGCUCCAGUGACAGACCCUGAGACAGAACCACUUACAGGGAAACCAACAUAUACAAUUGUCAAGGGGUCUGAGGAAAAAGUAGUAAAGACAAUAGCUGAUACCUUGAGACAAGCAUUGCCCGGAUCUGACAACAAUGCCAUCACAGCUCAGGACUUAACACAACGCCAGCCUUCCAUGAAUGACAUCCAGAUAGUUGUCCUUCUACAGGACAUACAUGCCCAUACGAAGCUAGGAAACUACGGUAACAGAACAGUCAUGCUGCAGUUGGACUAUACUCGGUCGGACAUGGAAUCCCCCUUGGUAGUUCACGUGCCAGAGACUAUGGAUCAUCCGAGUUUCACCGCAAGAAAUAACCAAUCAAAACAGUCAGUUGGGUUGAGCCUGUCCGAUUUCUUGCAAGGGAUGGAGACAAGGUGCAGUCUUACUAGCCCUGAGAUGACUGGGCUCGAGGAGGAGGUGAAACAGCUCUCCAGAUACAGAAGGGAUGAAAUCAAAAACAUCUUACUCAUAUCUGGUUCUGAUCAUCAGUUCCAUAGAAACGCAUGUCAUGAACUUGCUGAACUUUUACGAAUGGUGGGCAAGACUGUGAUUGACCCACACGAUGGUGUCGGCAGAAAAGGCAUGAAGGAAAUUGGUCCACAGGAAUGGACAAUGAAGCAAAUACAUAAAGCUGACCUCAUACUCAUUGUUAGUUCAGAUAACGUGUACAGACUAGUUGACUGUUAUGAAAGAGAAGAAGCGAGUGGAACUGUGGAAGGCGUGAGUAUCUGUGUUCCGUUGUGUCUCAAACAAUUGUCAAGGGGGAAUGUCACUGGAAAGACAGCUCUUGUAACGUUUGGCUAUGGAUCUGGGUAUCUUGAUAGAAUCAUUGACAUGUAUCCUCAACUGAGUCGCGACAUGAGAUACUGCUUAGUGGAAUCGAAGUCUGGUGCCUUCCAGGAGGAGCGGGACCAAUCACAUGCACUGCAUUUGUUCUUGUGCAGAAUGUCAUCAAAUCAGACUCUCGUCGAUGGUGCUUGUGCUAGUAGACAUUGUGAACUCUUCUUCGGGAAUAUUCAACAGAUGGCGGCUGCAAUGGUGGAGGAUUCAGACUCCCUGAUAACCAGACACAGCUCUAUGGAAUCGUUUAAUUAAAAUUUCUAAGUGUGCAAUUUAUAUUUGUUGGGGUAGCCUGAGUCGAGUGGCAGCUAAAGGAUGAUUUCUAACGGAACUCACAGUUCGGUUGUCUCGAAGCAGGAGCUUGGUCGAUAGGAAUUCCAAAUGUAUGUUCAUCAUAUUGCGGUUAUGUUGAACAACGGAGAGCUUGAAGUAUUUCCGUAGAUCCCUUUAACACAAAUGGUGUCUGAAUUCAGUCAACUCCCAGGAGUGAUUGGUGAGUCGAAAUUUAAAGUCACCUCUCCACGUAUUCAGCCAAAUUGUGACUGGACGGGUUUUUACAUUACAGUACACACUCCAUACACAUUACCUUUGCAUUGCCCAUCCUGAAAUAGACCAUUGCUUAGUCGCUGAAAUAGGUUUUGAAAGAAAAACAUGUAGUGACGAUAUCGUAAUUUAUCUUGCCUCACACAUAAGUGUCCAUUUCUGAUUGGCCGAGCGCUCUUCUACUAUUUUCUAUGUACCCCGCUGGGAAUGCCGAACUCAUUUGGUACUUCGUAGUAGUAAUUCUUUAUCUCGAAUAACAUUGAAUCAGGUCAUUCGUGACCCACUCGUGUUAU